UAUCUUUUUUUUUGGUAUCACUUUCAUUUCAAAAUUUAUCCCUCCCCCAUUUCUUCCUACUGGGCUAUCCCGUGUUACAAAGAAUGAAAAAGAAGAGGAAAAAAAGUAGUUCAGCAAAACUAAUCAAUGUAUCAGUCAUGUCUGAUCAUAUAUAAAAUAUUCCACACUUAUGGGUUUCCCUCUGCCAUUUCUGCAGAGUGGAGAGGGAUCUUUUCUCAAUUCUUCUCUAAGUUUGAUUAUUACAAUUAUGACUGAGUCAUUCUUAAGCUUCCAAUUCAAUGCUACAGAUAUUCCUUCUGUCUUGUAACAUCAACAGAAAGGCACUAAAUCAAUAUUCUUAAGCAGCAAUAUUUUCUUAAGCUUCCUGGGCAGACUGAUGGUGCUGGGAGGUUAGACUUUGGGGGAUUGUCCUUUAAAUCUAUCACAUUAACUUAAAGUGUCAUCUCAAAGGUUAAAGAUUAAAAUCUCAAUAAGGUUUACUUGAAGGUAUAUUUUCAUCUUCUGAGAAUGUUUAAUAUUUUUUUUAAAAGCCUCUGGACAAACUGAGGGGAAGAGAGAAGAAAUAACUCUUCCCUGUCUCUCUCUCUCUCAGCCAAUCUCAAGUCCAAACUAAGGUAAAUCAAAAAGAGCUAGAGACCCUAAAUAAGCCUUAAAAUUAAAGUAAGUAGAAGCAGGAAGAUGACUACAACAUUAUAAAUGGAAAGAAAAAAUGAAAUUGAAUGGUAUGAAAUUACAAUAACCAAUUGGUUCCAAACAAGCAAUAUAAGAAUAUGCCUCUCUCUUCUCUGUGGAGGUGAGGGACUAUGAAUGUAGAACAUUGCAGAUAAUUUCAGAUUUGGGGAUGGGUUGGUUAGUUUUACCCUUUCAUUCUUUAUCUCUUUAUCUCUCUCUCUCUCUCUCUCUCUCUCUCUCUCUCUCUCAAAUUCUUCAUUAUAAAGAAUGAUACCCUUGGGGAAGAGGUAGAUGUAAGUGAUGUAAAAACAAAAAAUAAACAAUUUUUAAAAGAAAUCAACAUAAGACUAGAGUUAUUUGAUAUAAGGUAGUUUGAACUUGGCAUUGGCACAAUUAAGCCCUGCAUAAAGGCUUCAAAUACACAUAUACUGUACACAAACACUGAAAUGUCAUUGCCCCUACAAGCAGCUCCAUAAAAGAGUAUGCAGUUUCCAAAACUAUGGCACUAAGUCUCUGCCAUUCGGGACUUCAGAAGUCAAUUCCUGCCUGACCACCUUAAAUAUCUGUGGUUAGACCUAGCAGUUUAUUUGAUACCAAAACAUAUGUUCACUUUCUCUGUUCAGGUCUGCUCAUAGUAACUGCAUACCACUUUGGGAAGGAGGAAUUUGGGCAAGUAUAACUGCAUAAUUAGAUUCACAUACAACUGAGCUUUUUAUGCAACUUUUCUUCUGAAAAAUCUCUUCUAGUUCAAGCUCUCUCAAACACUACUUUGGGACAAAAGUGUAAAAAGCAAAGAUGUUAGAGUGACAAAUUAACUUCUGGCUACUAACAAGCAGCAGGAGACCAAACAUUGGGGUUGGAGUUUAGAACACAGUUAAGUGGGUUUGCCCGCUUUACAAAUCUGAGACUAGCACUGAAAUUCUAACAUGGCAUGACAGAAGCCUGGCAAAAAAAAUAAUGAUCAUGCUUUUCUCAGGCACAGGCUUAAUGGUUAAUGUAUUUUCACUUGUUAAUAGUGGCCCCAACACUAUUAGACACAUCAAAGAGCAACUAUGGUUCAAAUUAGUGACUGAGUUACUUUUAAAAUAAGUCAUUCAGAAUGAGCCGCUGAGUAAGGCCGAGGACGGGCGCACGUGCGCGUGCCUGCGUGCGCACUCAGAACCUCCACCGGGCUGGCGGGAAGGGUGGGGAGGGGCAGGUUCUGCUACCCAUCAUGGCUAUCACACAGUUCCGGUUGUUUAAAGUUUGUACCUGCCUAGCCACAGUACUCUCAUUCAUUAAGAGGUUAAUAUGCAGGUCUGGCAGAGGACGGAAAUUAAGUGGAGAUCAAAUAACUUUGCCAACCACAGUGGAUUAUUCACCAGUUCCUAAGCAGUCAGAAGUUGAAGACUGGAGCUCCUGGGAUGAAGAUGCACCCACAAGUAUAAAAAUUGAAGGAGGCAAUGGAAAUGGGACAGCACAGCAAAAUACAUUGGAACAAAUAGAACCUGACUAUUUUAAAGACAUGGCACCAACUAUAAGGAAAACACAAAAAAUUAUUAUUAAGAAGAGAGAACCACUAAAUUUUGGCAUUCCAGAUGGUACCACAGGUUUCUCUAGUAGAUUAGCAGCUACACAAGAUAUUCCUUUCAUUCACCAAUCUCCUGAAUUGGGUGACUUGGAUACCUGGCAGGAGAAUACAAAUGCAUGGGAAGAAGAAGAAGAUGCAGCCUGGCAAGCAGCAGAGGAAGUCCUGAGACAGCAGAAAAUAGCUGACAGAGAAAAGAGAGCAGCAGAACAACAAAGGAAGAAAAUGGAAAAGGAAGCACAACGACUAAUGAAGAAAGAACAGAAUAAAAUUGGUGUGAAACUGUCAUAACGGAUUUUUGACAUUUCCAUUUGAAGGAUUUUGAGUUCCACAAUAUGAGGAUCAUUUGUUAUGGGGUUAAGAGUAUUUUUAGAAUACAAACAAGCUGCUUGAUUUUGAUGUGUUUCCGUCAGGCCAUCCAGGAUACAAAGAUUCUCCUGUUGCCACUUGAACUGCUAG